CAUUUUAUUUCUUUUUCAGUUAGGAGUUUCGUCAGCUUCUCUCUUCUGCCGAAAGUUGCAAACUUGUGUUUUCUGUCCUUAAGGGUCAAGCAAUCGGUGUUCUUCAUGAUGCCGAGUGUUAACCCUGACCCAUCUGACAAAGAUUCUGAGCCAUUUGUCGAAACCGACCCAACUGGGAGAUAUGGUAGAUACAGCGAGUUACUUGGAUGUGGUGCUGUGAAAAAAGUGUACCGUGCAUUUGACCAAGAGGAAGGAAUAGAGGUGGCUUGGAACCAAGUGAAGCUCAGAAACUUCUGUGAUGAUCCUGCCAUGGUGGAUAGGCUUUACUCUGAAGUAAGGUUGCUCAGAAGCUUGACCAACAGAAACAUCAUUGCCCUUUACAGUGUGUGGAGGGAUGAGCAACGUAACACUCUCAAUUUCAUCACAGAGGUUUGUACAAGUGGGAAUUUGAGGGAGUACAGAAAAAAGCACAAGCAUGUUUCCAUGAAGGCCCUCAAGAAGUGGUCUAAGCAGAUUUUGAAAGGGUUGAAUUAUUUGCAUACUCAUGAGCCAUGCAUCAUUCACAGAGAUCUCAAUUGUAGCAAUGUGUUUGUCAAUGGGAAUAUUGGCCAGGUUAAGAUUGGUGACUUGGGUCUGGCGGCAAUUGUGGGCAAGAAUCAUUGCGCACACUCAAUUCUUGGUACACCAGAAUUUAUGGCUCCAGAGUUAUACGAUGAAGACUACACAGAAUUGGUGGAUAUAUACUCAUUUGGGAUGUGUGUGUUAGAGAUGGUGACACUAGAGAUUCCUUAUAGUGAAUGUGACAACGUUGCAAAGAUAUACAAGAAAGUGUCUUCUGGAGUUAGACCUGCUGCAUUGAACAAGGUCAAAGAUUCAGAGGUGAAGGCCUUCAUUGAGAAGUGCCUUGCUCAGCCAAGGGCUAGACCUUCUGCUUCUGAGCUUCUCAAAGAUCCUUUUUUUGAUGAGAUUGUUGAUGAUGAUGACGAAAAUGAUGACUGUUCUUGUUCAUACUAAUAUUGUCCUUACUGUGACAUAAUAUGUUGAUGUGUUGGUUUUUUAAUUUGAUUUAUAUACUUGUUAAAGUUUAUAUGUCAAUUUGGGGCAGGUUACAGCAUGUUCUUGUUUUGAUUUUUCCCCUUUGGCUAGCUGUGAAAUUGGAUAAGGGUUGAAUAAUAUGGUAAAGAUGGGGUAGCCUGGCCCUGGGGAGGGCUUGAGUGGGGAUGGUGUCAUUCUGUACAUAGGAAUUUUUCCAGACGAGUUGUGAAACAUUUAUUGAAUGAUCAUUUGAC